UCCAAAGAGGGAUCAUCGCGAUCACAAAUGAUGCGCGUGCAAGCAAAACCGCAAGAGCGGGAAUUAUUAUCAAAUGAAAUUUUGGCAAUGCACAAGAAAAAGUACUCUUAGAGAGUCAGUCUUUGGCAGUCAGUUAUCACAGUCGGUCGAAUUUUAUCACAGAAAAUUAUUUGGCUAUUAUUUGGACUUUGGGGAGAAUAAAUUAUUGGUGACGGGAGAUUUAAAUAAAAUAUUAUGUACAAUUGAGUUAGAAUAAAUAGUAUUUACAAGUGAAUAAAACUUAAGCUAAAUUAUAUACAAUUUGGAGUUGUGAAUUUAUGUACAAUUACAAGACAAAUACAGUGAAUUAAUUAUAUACAAAGUGCGAUAUUUUGGUGGCGAAUCAUCACAGAAAGAUAUCACAGAAAGUUGAGUGCAUAAAAAUAUCACAGAAAGUUCAUCACAGUGAGAAGGUGCUUUGUAAGCUUAUCACAGAAUUUGGCGCGAAGCAGAUUGCGGGAUCCAUCACCGAGGGGCCAACAACUCCAGCCGUACCUGUCGAAAUUUUUUGCUCCUUAGCAAGCCGGAAGGCUCUAGGACAAUUAAUUUAUAACAAAUAUAAUUCACAGGUACGCACAUUCAAACCACAUUCACACCACAUUCACCCCACGCAUGCACCACAGCCACAAUUAACACAAAUUUAUCACAAUACAAUUCACAGGUGAGCGCCACCAUUUUGCUCCUUAGCAAGCCGGAAGGCUCUAGGACAAUUAAUUUAUGACAAAUAUAAUUCACAGGUGAGCGCCACCAUUUUGACCCUUCGAGCAUUUGAUCCAUCGAUCGUUUGAUACAUCGAGAUCUUCAACUCCUACUGGGCUAGCGACUACCACAAUACAGUCCACUUACCUACGCUCUACCAGUUAGUCUAUCGCUGUGCCCUUUGCCCUCCCAAGAAGCAUCAUGCCGGCCAAGACAGCAUCCCGCGCAAACUACAAGGGGCAGCUCACUAAGGUGAAACGUGCCAUCGAGAAGUACAUGAUGAACUUCGAUGAGCUGAAGCAACCCACCGCAGGAGCUGAUCUCACCAAGCUGCUAGAGGAAGUUGAUCAAAUUGAAGCCAAGUUCUCGGACAUCCAAACCCAGAUCAUUGCAGAGGCUCCUCCAGACUUGAAGGAGAAGGAGAUGCAAGACAUGGCCACCUUCGUUGAGGAUUGCAACAUGGUCCAUUUUGAGAUCACCAAGCUCCAUGCUAGACGGAAUGAGUUGUGCAAUCCGCCAGUGACUGCACUGCCCAACACAUCCGAUGCACUUCAGCAGGUUAUGCAGCUUGUUCAGACUCAAUUCAAGGCAGUUAUGCAGACUCAUCGUGAGGACAUGGAGACUGUGCUCAGCAACUCUAUGCAGCAUAGCAUGACGUUUCAACAGCCUAUGGGAGCUUCGGGAGUGGCAAAAUUGGAGCCCUUGAAGGUUCCCACAUUCAGUGGGGUUUAUUCGGAGUGGAAAUCCUUCCAGGAUUUGUUCACUUCCAUUGUGCACAACAAUACGCAUUUGACUGGUGCCCAGAAGAUGCAUUAUUUGAAGCUCGCUCUGCAAGGAGAGGCAUCUUUGACCAUCGCUCAUUUCGGCAUUUCGGAUGAGAAUUACUCAGUGGCAUGGAAGAUGGUUCAGGAUCGCUACGAUGACAACCACAAGAUCGUCAAUUCUCACAUUGAGACGUUCUUAAAGCAAUCAGCGGUAGCACAGCCGUCAGCAAGUGGUCUUCGGAAGCUAUUCACCACAUCAGCAUCCAUUCUUCAGGCCAUGGAGGCCCUGAAGGUCACACAGAGGGAUCCCUGGUUGAUUCACAUCAUCAGAGAGAAGCUAGAUGCCGAGUCACAAGUGUUGUGGUCCAGAGAAAUCAAUGAUGACAUCCCCACAUGGCAGCAGUUCGAGGCGUUCCUGCACAAACGAUGUAAGUCACUUGAAUUAUGUUCUCCCCCAAUACCAAAGUCCAAUCAAAAUUCAAAUCAAAAGCCAAAGCCCAAAAAUGAGAAAUCUCGAGGUUCUUGCUAUACCGCCCAAUCUCAAUCAAGUCAAAAAGUGUGCCCAUUUUGCAAGAAACCCAAUCACAAAUUGUUCAGAUGCCGAGAUUUUCUCUCUCAAACUGCCUCGAAAAGACUAGAGAUCACCCAAUCCCUCAAAAUGUGCCAGAAUUGCCUAUCUGACACACAUGCUACAACCGAUUGUUCGUACUCAUUAUGCAAACAGUGCAAUCAAAAACACAAUACCCUGUUGCAUGAAGCAUUUGGUUCCCCCUUACCUUCUGGUUCGCAAUCCACGGGAGUAGACAGCUCCACAGGAACAGUUUGUUGUGCCAAUGUUAUGGGAGACAGCUCGCUACACGUUUUAUUAGCCACUGCUCAAGUCAAGCUGCUGGAUGAUGACAACAACGAGCACUCCUGUCGUGUGCUACUUGAUGCUGGCUCACAGUUCAAUUUCAUCACGACCCAUUUGGUGCAGAGGCUUCGACUCAAGCUGAAUCCCGCGGAGUUCAUCAUCAAAGGCAUAGGGUCAGUGACUCAGAUUUCCAAGCACAGGACUGAUGUCAGGCUUCGGUUGAACCAAGAUGUCUCAGAAAUUGGUUGUGCGGUUGUCAAGAAAAUCACAGGGAAUCUGCCCAAUUGUUUCAUAGAUCGAGAGUCGUUCACAAUCCCUGAUUCAAUCCAAUUGGCUGAUCCAGACUGGCAUCGCAAUCAGCCAGUUGACAUGCUCAUUGGAGGAGAAUUCUUCUGGCAUUUCCUCAAAGACCAAACCAUCACUCUUGGCCCCAAUGCUCCACUCUUGAAAGAUAGCGUGUUCGGAUGGCUGGUCGUAGGACCACAUUUCAACAAACCAACUGUGAAUUCCAAGUCCAUAGGGCAGUGCAAUGUGGCUACAUCAAUGGCUAGUAUGGAGGCCACCAUGCAGAAGUUCUGGAAGGUUGAGGAAGUACCGAAGCGCCAGGAGAAAAUCAGUGAGCAAGAUGAGGCUGAGAAGAUCUUCCAAUCUACCACUACACGUACAGAAGAUGGUCGAUACAUGGUUACCUUGCCAUUCACAGAAGAAAUCAAAGAAUUGGGGAACAAUAGAAGUUCGGCUACUCACCAGUUUCUGCAAUUGGAGCGACGAUUGGACAGGAAUAGUGAUCUCAAGGCAGAAUACACAAAGGUCAUCCACGAGUACCUCAGCUUGAACAUCAUCGAGGAGGUUCCAGCUUGUGAGUUAGACCGGCCAUCUUAUUAUCUACCUCACCAUGCGGUAGUCAAAUUGCAUGCAAUCAGCACGAAGCUCCGAAUAGUUUUCAAUGGGAGUGCAAUCUCUCAAACAGGACGUAGUCUCAAUCACUGUCUCCGAAUAGGUCCCGUGGUUCAGCCUCCUCUCGUUGAGAUUCUAUGGAGAUUCAGAAUUCAUCAAUUCGCUCUCACAUGUGAUGUGGUCAAGAUGUAUCUUCAAAUACUCAUGUGUCCAGAACAUCGAGAUUACGUACGAUUCAUGUGGAGAGACCACAAGACAGGCGACAUCCGACACUUUCGCUUCCGCACAGUUUGUUUUGGGCUUGCCUCUUCGCCAUUCUUAGCGACGCGAACACUCAUCCAGCUCGCAGAGGAGGAGGGACAUCUGUUUCCGCUCGCAGCCAAGGCAAUCCGGGAGUGCUUUUAUGUCGACGACUGCCUUGUGUCAUUACCAAGCAUAUCUGAUCUCAUGUUGUUGAGAGAAGAACUCAUUCAGCUCCUAGGCAGAGCACAGUUUCAGUUGGCCAAGUUCAAGUCAAACUGCCCAUCGGAAACAGACGACAAUGGAGAUAGUCAGUCACAUGACCUUGCCGAUGACACCGUGAAGACUUUGGGAUUGAUUUGGAAUAGCACUUCAGACACUUUCCAAUUCAACUUGUCGGAUAGCAUUCCCACGGAGAAUGUCACCAAGAGGCAGAUGUUGUCAGCCAUCGCAAAGAUCUACGAUCCUAUCGGACUGAUAGGGCCUAUCAUCUCACAUGCCAAGCUCAUGAUGCAGGAGGUAUGGCUUCUGAAAGUAGAUUGGGAUACUCCAGUACCAAGCGACUUACAGCAUAAAUGGUCAACGUUCAUCAAGGACCUACCUUCCAUUGAGUCACUACGAAUCCCCAGGUGGAUUUCCAGCAUUGCUUCCCCUACACAUGUGGAAUUGCAUGCAUUCGCUGACGCCAGCUCCGUAGCGUAUGGAGCCGUCAUCUUUUAUGUAUCCGAGGAUGCUAAUGGACACAAGUCAUCCAGGCUCCUCACCUCAAAAUCCAAAGUUGUGCCAUUGAAGGACAAGGAGACCGAGGAUCCUGCCAUCACCAUUCCCAAGGCAGAAUUAUGUGCAGCCAAGAUGGCAGCGGAGUUGAUGUCGAGUGUCUCUGAAGCGUUGGGUGUUACUCAAUGUUUCUAUUGGACGGAUGCAGCAGUGGUUCUGUACCAAAUUCACACACCGUCGGAGAAAAGAGAGAUAUUCGUCAGAAACAGAGUCCGGGACAUUCUGAAGUUGACAAAAGCAGAAGAAUGGCGCCAUGUCGCAUCAGCUGACAACCCCGCAGACCCGCUUUCACGAGGAUGUUUGGCUUCCCAGGCUGUCACAAACACUUUAUGGUGGUCAGGGCCCGAAUGGCUCGUACAGGGUAGUGAUCAUUGGCCAGCAGCAUUCGAUCCCAAAACUUUCUCAAUGGGGAGGAAGCCUGCCGUUGCGUUGACCUCCACAAAUGCAAUGUCACCAGCGCACGACACCAAUGAUUCUCUCCACUCAAUCCUUCACAUGCGCAUCAGCACAUUUACUCGUAUGCAGCGGGUAUUGGCUUGGGUUAUCCGGGCUAAAAACAUUUUCAAAGUGCGUAAGGGCAGAGUCACUCGAAGCACGCAAGAAAACAUGAUUACAGGACCACUUACGGUAGAUGAAUUACAGCAAGCGGAAACUUUUCUCGUCAAACGGGAACAAGAGCAACAUUUCGCCGCAAUUCUGACAGCUGUGAGGAACGGCAGCCUGGAUCAUACUUCACACUUCAAAUUUAUUCGGCGAUUGCGUCCAUUCAUCGACAGUGAAGGCAUUUUACGUGUAGGAGGUCGUUUGAGCAAUUCUUGUGAAUCUUAUGAUGUGCAGCACCCGAUAAUCUUGCCCAAAGGUCGGUUGUCACUUGCUUAUUGCUCGCCACUUUCACCUUACUAUGCUUCACGCCGGACCGCAAGCACUGUUAUCGUCUCUCAGGCAGCGAUUUUGGCCGAUAGAUGGCCGAAGGUUGACAAGACAUGUUGUUUACCAUUGUGUCAGGUGUUUCAAAGUUAA